AUGUCGCUAAGCCGUUGCAGAUGCAAACGAAGCAAUCAAGUUGGAACCUACGUUGGCAAAAGCGUACCUCAGAAAAGGCUAGAAGAAUACAGUACCGCUAAAGCAACCCUAGAAAAGGGAGUCUCUGUUGCACCAAAUAAAUCGAAAUUUAAGAAGAUGAUUGAUGAAUGCAAUCUUCGCAUUGCAGAAGAAGAGAAAGAUUUGGUUCAACAGAUGCCACCGACUUUGCCUUCGAGCUCUACGACACCACUAGCAACUGCAGCUGAUGCUCCUCCUGUUCCAAGUCCUGCAGCUCCGGCCAAACCGAUGUUCAGACACGAGUUCUACCAGAAGCCGGAAGAAGUGGUGGUGACAAUUUUCGCCAAAGGAAUUCCAAAGCAGAACGUAACUGUCGAGUUUGGUGACCAGAUUCUGAGUGUUGUGAUUGAUGUUGCUGGAGAGGAAGCUUAUCAUUUCCAGCCGAGGUUGUUCGGGAAGAUAAUACCGGAGAAGUGCAGAUAUGAAGUAUUGUCAACCAAAGUUGAGAUCCGUCUGGCGAAAGCAGAGAUAACCACUUGGGCCUCCCUUGAAUAUGGCAAAGGGCUAGCUGUCCUGCCUAAACCCAAUGUCGCAUCAGCGGUUUCGCAGAGGCCGGUGUAUCCAUCUUCUAAGCCAGGAAAAGACUGGGACAAGCUGGAAGCUGAAGUGAAGAAACAGGAGAAGGAUGAGAAGCUAGAUGGAGAUGCAGCUAUGAACAAGUUCUUCAGCGACAUAUACCAGAGUGCUGAUGAGGACAUGAGGCGAGCCAUGAACAAAUCAUUUGCAGAGUCGAACGGGACGGUGCUGUCUACAAACUGGAAAGAGGUAGGGACUAAGAAAGUGGAGAGCACUCCACCAGAUGGUAUGGAGCUCAAGAAAUGGGAGUAUUGA